GGUAUUGUCGGCGAGGUCGAAGACCUUCUACGUCGACGAAUUCAAACCUGGACCCUAUCCCGAAACCGAGGCGGAACGUCGCGCUGCCGCCAAGAAGUAUAACAUGGUCUACGAGGAUUAUGAGCCAUAUGACAAGGAUAAAAUCACCGCCGAUGGCGAGCUCCCGUUCGGUGACUAUCCGAAACUGGAAAAAUAUGGUGAAUGGAGUCGAGAUCCUCAAGCGGAUUACGACGUGAAAACUUUCAAAAGGAAUUACGGGGAGCCCAUGCACAUUUUCUACGACCUGUACAUGUCUCCGAGAUACGACAUCAGCUACAAGCCGCAGACACCAUACUGGCUCCAGGGAGUGAUACUCUUCGGGACGUUCUUCUCAUUCGUUGGGGGGUUCGCCCUGUGCGAAUAUUACGAUAUUCGAUUCACAGUCGCAAAGGUUCCUUCGGAGAAACAGUUCCCUUACCAGGGGAAGGUUCACUACACAUUCGAGCCAGCCGAGUAGAGAAAUACCGUGCUAGAUGUCGUGAUAGAUCGCCUCAGUUGAUCAUGUCCCUCAAUAAAUGAAAUCUGCCAUGUUGGACAGCCUUA